AUGAACAGUCAUAUUUUGAAAUUAUGCAUUUUCGGAUUACUUUACAAAAUAACCCACUACACUUCAAAUCAAAGGAAUGUAUUAUCAUUUGUCAGAGGACAAACAGACGAACAUGGAAAUUUGAACAUCGAUUUAACAUAUAAUGGUGAUGAGAAGAAACGGAUAAAUCUGGAGUUGGAUAAAAAUAUUGAAACUGUUGAUAGCCCUUUAAUAAUAAUAUUACCAACGGAAAAUGUGUCACCUAGUAGAUUAUACGAAAAUUAUUUGAAACAAACAGAGAACCCCAAAUAUAUUUCCGUCAAAAAUGUUUUAAAUAACAUGGUGAACACAUUCGAGCCGAUUGAACAAAAGGCAUUCAUAAACAAACUUUCUGACGAAAUUAACACACGCAUCAAAUUUUAUGAAAGUUUUUCUAUAUGA